AGAAAAUAGACGACCCUAAACAUCAUGAUUCGCAGUUCAUUUCUUGUUGUUUUGCUAACCUCCCUUUUACUCCUUCUCCUCAUCCCAAGAUCUUACUCUUCGGAGAUCAAUGUAACACAAACCUACACGAGCCCAAAAUUUGAGUAUGCUCUUCUGGAAUUUCCUCUAAAUAUACAAUAUUUGGUGGCUGAAUUCUACUUGAUUGGUGCUAAGGGUUAUGGAUUAGAUGCUUUUGCUCCAGGGUUAGCCCAGGGAGGACCCCCUCCCAUUGGAGGCCAAAAGGCCAAUCUGGAUCCCCUCACAAAAGACUUCAGCUUGCAGAAUGGUUUAGUUGCAACUGGACAUUUGAGGGCUAUAAAGCGCGCAGUAAAAGGUUUCCCUAGGCCAUUAAUAAAUCUAAACAAGGAAUUAUUUGCUCAAAUUGUCGAUCAAGCCUUUGGACAACCUUUGAAUCCACCUUUUGAUCCCUAUGCCAAUUCCUUGAACUACCAACUUGCGGCUUACAUAACUACUUUAGUUGGCCCCGAUAUGUAUGUUGGAAUCAUUCCAAAGCUUCAAAAUACCGAGUCCAAAGAAGUUUUUGCUGGCCUUCUAGGAGCAGCAAGUGGCGGUCAAACAAGUAUUCGAGCAUAUCUAUACGAACGUUGGGACUCGCCGGUGCCACCAUAUAAAGUGACUGUGGCAGAGUUCACAAAUCGCAUUGCAGAACGAGCGAAUAAGCUAGGAAUGGAAGGAACCAAAACUGAGGGUAUUGUAGUACCUCCAUGGAAUGGUGCUGAAGGCAAAGUUUCAGGUAAUGUGAUUGGGGCCGACAAAUAUUCACUUUCAUAUGGAAGGACCCCAGAGGAAAUAUUAAGGAUAUCGUAUGGGAGUGGCAAUGAAACUAUCCCAGGUGGCUUCUACCCUCAUGGAGCAAAUGGUCGUAUAGCCCAAUAUUACUUUAAUUAAUAUGCCAUAGUUAUAUAGUCUAUAUCUUGAAAGAGCUGUGCCAGGCGAUGGCUGAAGUUUAUAAUAAGCAAUAUACAUGUUGCAUUGAACUGAUCUGAAAAUAAAAUUGCCUCAUGUCGAUCGUACUCGCUUUAAAAA